CGACAAAAUGGUUACGAUGAUGUCAUUUUCAACGUCUUUAUGCGUCAUAAAGUAUCUGGAAGACCGGAUUCUCUCAAAGAAUGGUCAUGGCUGAACAGCUGGGAGUUUCUUCAGAGUGGAUGGAUUUCAUUUAGUACAGUGUUUUAUAUUCUCAAUUUGUGUUUCUUUAUCUGCAAACACAGAUGGACAGACGGAAAUUGUAAUUCAGUGUGAGGUGAAGAAGGUUAAAACAAGAAUGCCCAAAGAAUUUCAACAAUUCCUGGGUGGCAUAUAAUCAAGAAAUUACUCUGGAUGUGUUAACAACAGAAUAUGUUACAGUCUACGUAAAUGUAGUCUUUCAACAGGAAGUAUAUAUAGUAUAACAAGCUGAUAUAUAUUAUCACAAAUAUAACAUAAUUAUUUAUUGAUGAACCUGAGCUUUAUUGAGACAAACAGAUUUAUUAAGUACUGCACCUUGUAGUUACAAAUACAGAACACAUUAUCCAGCAUUCAUUUACGUAUUAAGUUAUUAAAACUGUGACAAAAGUAAGGAUUUAUUACUGUGUAACUGUGCCCUUUGUAUACCAGUACACCCCCAGCCAGUGUCUGUUUACGUAUUAAUUUCCGAGUACUCACAAAAAUAAGGAUUUACUACAGCUCCCUGUGUAGAGUGGACAUAGUAUGGUUCGACCAUUGUUUACGUAUUCUUAAAACUGUGACACCACAAAAACAUUUAUUACAGAACACUAGGCAUGCAAGUGUGCUUUAAACCAGCCUCUGUUUACGUAUUAACUUCUGAGAACGGUACAAAAAUAAGGAUUUUCUUCAGCACCCUGUGUAUAAAUAGUGGACAUAGUAUGGUUUGACCACUGUUUACGUAUCAACUUCUUAAAACUGACGAAAAUAAGGAUUUUCUUCAGCACCCUGUGUAUACAUACUGGACAUAGUAUGGUUUGACCAUUGUUUAUGUAUUAACCUUAAAACUGUGACAAAAAUAAGGAUUUUCUUCAGCACCCUGUGUAUACAAGUUAUAACUGAAAAAACAAACACCAAAAAACGAAAAAAGGAAUGUCUGACCGGUUGUUUAUACGUUAACCUUCAACGUGACAGGAUGGAUAUGUACACCCAGACCGCGUGUAGCCGAUGCACGUCUGCGUCCGGCCGAACGCUGCUGGAAGAGGCCCUCGAGAAGUUCUCCGACAAACACUCAUCUCAGAACUCUGUCAACGCUAUGCAGGUGACUGUCACUCGCAGUCGAUCAUCCAUCGCCACGGGGAUGGGAGGCGGCGUUCUUCCGCAGAGUCGCACGGUGCCAGACCUGCUACACAGGAACGGUAACUUGGAGACGCUGAACUCGAGGUGUUCGCGACCGGGCCGGUCGAACGUGACGGGUGUGUCGCGAAUGAAGACGUCAAUACUGCUGACGCCCGCACGCCACUGUGACGCCUGUUCCAUGCAGACGAUACGCAAGUGGAGGGAGAUGCAUUCUGGGGCAUGCAUGAACAACUCCAUUGGCUCACUACAAUCGCACUGUGAACUUCACCUCGAUAACUCAUCAAAUGAGGUAACCCGCCCCAUGACAGCCACCUUGUUGACUGGAGAGAGGCCGAUCCCGCCCGUGUUCAUGGUAAAAGACCGACCACAGACCGCUGCUGGUCCGUAUGAGGUCUUCCUCCCACUGGCCACUGUGCCAAAGAAAGGAAUGAUCAAACUCACAGCUCUGGAAUACGAGCACCAAGAACCGAGUUCACAGAAGCAAGAAGCCAGUUCACAACACAGACACAGACCAAAACGCUCCACCCCAGUCCGAUCACAAAUCCCUUCUAAACGUCCGCCACCGAAAACUCUGAUCUCCCGCAAAGACAUACUGGAGCAAGUGAGGAUUGGUGCUCUACGACUGGAGGAGGAAGAAAGGUGCAGAACCAUGGCCUUGAACUUCAACAAAACCAUGGAACGCUACACAUUUGGUGAACUACAGGAAUCCAUCACACAGUACGCAGAGGAGGCUGGCCGGAAGUCUUCUCUUUCUAAGAAGUACGAGACAUCAAAACUGCUGUCGAAACAGACACCAUUUCUACCAUCAUAAACAGUGACAACAACAUAAAUCAACUUCCCCGUGCCAGAUAUAUAUAUAUUGCCAUUCAUUUAUUAAAGCAAGCACAUUAAUUACA